AUGGGCGUCCGGCGCCGGCUCUCGGCCGCCAAACACUGGCUCGGCCCGCCGCAGAAUAGCCGCUCGCCCGUCCUCAACACCGACGCCUUGCUCAGGUACAAAGACACGCUCCAGCCGCUCUUCCCCCCCGCGUACUUCCACCGGCUCGAGCACGGCGCCACACAGGUGCCUGAGGCCGAGCGGCGCCGCGCGCGCUUCGUGCUCCAGCACUCGCUCGCCGUGCCCGUCGCCACCGUGGCCAACCUCCACGUGCGGCCCGGCGACGCGCACUUCCCCGCGUGGCUCUUUGUGUCCGCGUACCUCCCGGUGGUGGCCGCGUGCAUGGCGCCGGUGGGAAACUUGGUGUCGUUCGUGGCGCUCCUCGAGCACUGGCAGACAGACGCGGCCACGCAGCAGCCCGUGGCGGACGCCGCGGCACAGCACGCGUUGAACGUGGCGGCGUUCGUGUUGGGCGUGGUGGCCAACGCGGCGCUCUUGUGGAACUUCGCGGGCCAGGCGCGCUACAUGGCCGCGCAGAGCGUGCUGGUGGCGUGCUUGGCGGCCGCGGUCGCGUGCUUGGCGGCGGCCGUGGCCUUGGCCAACCGCCGCAUCGACGCGCUCGCGCUCGCGCGCUCCGAGGGCUUCUGGCUCGCGGUGUUUACCGUGGCCAUGUACGUGGCGUGUGUGGCGGUGCUCGUGCUAAACAUGGCGGGCUGCGUGAUGCACAAGUACCGUGCGCGCUUCAACUUGGACGCCCGCCAGCGCCGCUUGAUGUGGCACACCAUCUCGUUCUGCGUGUGGCAGGCCGUGGGCACCGUGGUUAUGGCCCGGCUCAUCGCCGGCUUGUCCUACGGCGCGUCGCUCUACUACUGCACCGUGUCCAUCCUCACCAUCGGCUUGGGCGACAUCGUGCCCGAGACCGCGGGCGCCAAGGUGUACGCGUUGUUCUUCUCCUUGGUUGGCGUGUUGAUCAUGGGGCUCAUUGUGGCCAUGCUCCGCCAGGUCGUGCUCUCCGCGGCCGCCCCGAGUGUGUUCUGGCACCGCAUCGAGCGCCGCCGCCGCGCCAUGCUGGCGGCCCACGCCGCGGGCCUGCCCCCACCCGACGCGCCCGCCGCCUUUGCCUCCAUGCGCGCCAUGCGCUCGCGCGUGGCCGCCUCUCAGAAACGCCACGGCCUGGCCGCCACGCUCGCGGUCUUCGUGCUGUUCUGGCUCCUGGGCGCGGCCGUGUUCCGCGCCUGCGAGCACUGGAGCUACUUUAACGCCAUGUACUUCUGCUUCCUCUGCCUCCUCACCAUCGGCUACGGCGACUUCCACCCGCAGACGCCGUUCGGCCGCGCGUUCUUCGUGGUCUGGGCCAUCGCGGCCGUGCCCUUGAUGACUAUCCUCAUCUCCAACGUGGGCGACUCGCUCUUCGCUUUGUCCGACACGCUCGACUCCGUGGGCGCGCGCCUCUUUGACGCCGCCGCCUAUCGCCGCCUCCUCCGCCGCCCGCCGCGUCUUCCCGCGGACCGUGCGAAGCCGCCGCGGAUGGAGCUGGAUCUCCUGCCCGUGCCCCUGGACCCAGCCCUCCCGGGCGACGCUUGUGGAGCGCCCAAGGGUGGCGCCGCCGAUCCGUGCCUCGACGAGCAAAUGGCCCUCACGCUCGACAUCGCGCGUCUGCUCACGCUCCUCCGCCUGGUCGUGGCUGACAAGUUGUCCGAGCCCGAAAAGGAGUACGACUUGCCCGACUGGGAGGAGCACAUGGCGCACUUGGGGAUCGGCCCGUCCGAUGACACCGGCUUCUGGCUCGGCGAGCGCUCGCCGCUACGGCUCCCCUUGCAAGAAACAAACUACCUCUUGCUCAAGCUGCUUGUCAAGCUCGAUAACGACAUACACCGCUUGAUGGCGGCGCAGAACAAGGUCGCUGCGCCCGGGGACGCCGCCACGGCCCGCGAAAAGCCCAGUCCUCUUCACCAAAACGUCCCUUGGGACUCUCCCUGGGACUCUCUUUGA